AUGCUGCGAUUUGGGUGCUCCCGGCUCGUCAUUGAGCGAACCGACCCCUUAGUCGAGCCUGGAAUGAUACAAUCCUCCCAUAAUCAUCAAAUCGUCGGAGGCAACGCCUUCAAUGCAUCCAUGGCGCCAGUCGAGUAUGACCCUUCGGUGGAGUCUACCUGUACCUCUUGUACGUUUAGCGAAGACUUCUCCAAUUACUGGACAGCGAACCUGUACUUCAGAGCAAGGAACGGCACAUUUAAGAGGGUGCCUCAGAUGGUGAAUUUGGGGCUAGAGGGUGGAGAUGGCGGUAUCACAGUGUAUUAUAUCCCCCCCUAUGAUGGUGUGACGACAGUCACUGCCUUCAAGCCUGGAUUUCGUAUGCUCGUGGGUGAUCCUGGCCUGAGGAACCCCCAGGGACAGCAGAAGCAGCUCUGCCAUCGCUGCUUCAGCAACAUGCAGCAGGACCCGUUUGGUGGCGCUCCUUGCACUGGCGACGACACCACCUCUUUACCCAAGGCUAUGUGUGGUGGUGGAAUCAGGACAACAAUUACAUUCCCUACGUGCUGGGACGGGAAGAACGUCGACAGCCCAGACCACAAGGCCCACGUGGCUUACCCAAGUACAGGGUCCUUCGAGUCGACUGGCGCCUGUCCAUCAACACACCCUGUGCGCCUACCGCAGGUCAUGUACGAAGUUAUGUGGGACACGACGCCGUUCAAUGACCCAGAGCUCUGGCCAGAAGAUGGCAGCCAGCCUUUCGUAUACUCGACUGGCGACGCAACUGGAUACUCCCAACACGGAGACUAUCUCUUUGGAUGGAAGGGUGACGCACUCCAACGAGCCCUUGACAAGCGUUGCACGGGAGACACCUGUAGUGAGCUCCAGCGACAGUCUGCUGCUACUGCUAUGAAGUGCACCAAGCCACAAUUUGUCGAUGAAGAUGUCGAUGGAUGGAUGGACUCUCUUCCAGGAGGUAUGUCUGUUACGUGA